GCUGGGCUCGGCUGGGCGCGGAGCGGGCGUGGGGGAAGAUGGAAGGAGCGUCCUUCGGAGCGGGCCGGGCGGGGGGGGCCAUCGACCCCGUGGAUUUCCUGAAGCAGCCGCAGACCCUCCUCCGGGUGACCACCUGGAUCUUCUCCAUCGUGGUGUUCGGCUCCAUCGUGAACGAGUGCUACGUGAACAAGGACGGCCAGCACCCCGAGCUGCUCUGCAUCUUCAACGAGAAUGAGAGCGCCUGCAGCUACGGCAUCGCCGUGGGCGUCAUCGCCUUCUUCGGCUGCAUCUUCUUCUUCGUGGUGGACCUGUACUUCCAGCAGAUCAGCAGCGUCAAGGACCGCAAAAGGGCCGUGCUGCUGGACCUGGGCUUCUCAGGUUUCCUGGCCUUCCUGUGGUUUGUAGCUUUCUGUUUCCUGGCAAACCAGUGGCAGAGGACGACGCUGACCAGGGGCUUCUCGCAGGGCGCCGACGCGGCGCGGGCGGCGAUCACCUUCUCCUUCUUCUCCAUCAUCAUCUGGGUGGUGCUGGCGCUGCGGGCGCUGCAGCGGUACCGCCUGGGCACGGACAUGUCCCUGUUCGCCACCGAGCAGUUCGGCACCGAGCCCGGCGCCUCCUACCCCGGCUACCCCGGCGGCAGCGGCGUGGAGAGCACGGAGACCUACCAGAGCCCCCCGUUCACCGAGACCUUAGAGCCCAACCCCAAAGGUUACCAAGUGCCAGCGUACUGAGGGGCUUGGGGCGGUGCCCCCCCCGCCCGGUCCCAAAUGCAUCCCAGUCCCGUUCCCCUGCCGUGGCCGGUCAGCGCCGGGUCCCUUUAUUAGCUCGUUGUGCAGUGAAUUCUGUACAGUGGUAUUGGUUCUUGUCUUACCUGUCCCAGGGUUUCUAAAAGCAGUGUUCCCUCUAAGCCGGGAGGAAGGAAGGUCGGUAGCGCGUCACCCACGCGUGGGGAAGAGGAGGAGAUUCCCCCUCUGAGCUCUGCUGGGAAAGCCCAGGACGCCUUUUCCUCUUAGAAAACAGCAGCUGAGGAAUUAUUCUCUCGUUCUUCCAGAGCAGAAUCCAUCGAGGGUGGGUGGGCGGUGGGGAGAGCUGGCGCUGUCUGCUCCCGCUGCGGAGCUUCCGGUCCAGGUUCCACGGAAAGCGCCAAAUUCACGGGGAAAUCAGCGGUGUCUGUGUUGUUUCUCUUUGUGUAUAUUUGCUGUACAAAACAAAUAUCCAAACAGGGGUUUCAAAACUUGGUUUAGAGGCACGGGGUGGGGCACAGCAGGCCGGGGUUGGGAUCAGCGUCCAGAUCGCUUCUACACUUCAGCAGGUUCUGGUUGAGGAUUUGAAAAGUCGCUGGUUGGAAGUGGAAACCAGCAGGAGCUGGUUGCUAGCUGGGAAUAGCCUGUGACCCGCGGGAAUUCUGUUCCUCCACGGGGGAUUGGGAAGUUUGUAAAUUCCUAAGGAAUUUUUGGUUGGCAGCGCUGACACAUCCUCACCCUGGAGAGGUGAGGGCCAAGGUGAGAGGCUCAGCCUCGACAUCCAAGGCCUUUAGGAGCGAUACUGGACUUGUGUUUUCAUCCUGGGAGCAGCCACCGUCUGUCAGCUGCGGCAGAGCCCCGGGAGGGGACACGUGUGUCACCCUGCAGCCUCCAGGAAUUUGGGGAUUCGGGCAGGGAGCUGGGAGGGCUGCACAGGCCACCGGAGUCCAUCCCGCACGGGCUCACGGCCCCGCGUUUGGAAACUGGGAAGAGAACCGGUGAAAAGCAGCCGGGAAAGAGGCUCAGGUUUGGGGGGUUCAGCUGCAAAGAACAAAGCAGGGGAUGUGCGAAAUCCUUGUCAGCCACCUGCAGCUUUCCCUGCCCGUGUGGCGGCCGGUCCGGGCUGUGCCGCUAAGGGCUGAGCAGAGGAGCUGAGAUGUGAAUUCCCAGCCCCGCCGGCGGCAGCUCCGUGCCUGGAUUCUCCCGGCAGCCCGGGGUCCGGCCUCGCCCGUCCGUGCCGGCAAAGCCAGCGCUGCCUUCCGACCUCGUGAGGAGCAAUAGCCACCACCUGUCCCCUCCCUGUCACGGGUCCUGCUCACCGCAGCUCCUUCCCGCUGCUCGCGGCAGAUCCGCGCGCUAAUUAAUGAGCGGCGCGUAAAUGCACUAAUUAGGCAGCCAGUCGUCCCGAGAGGUCACUGCCGGUGGCCAAGCGCGUUCCCCGCCUUGGCUCCGGGUCCUGGCUGUGCCCGGCUCCUGACCACGGACACCCCAGCCCAGUGCAGUAUCAGCCUCAGUGAAUUCCGGGAUCUCCGUGGUUUUGUGGAGUCAGUUUUGCUGGGAAAGGAAAAAAAAAAAAACCCACAAAAACAAAAAACCCCGAGGAUUUUAAUACAGGGUAGGGUAGAACCGUAGCAAUAUUUUCCUUAGAGGGAACACUGAAACUUUAGCAGCACAAACAGUAACUUGUGUUAAUAUUUUAGCAAAAUUAUAAUCAAUUUAAAUGUUUAAAUUGAUUGUACGUGAGAUAAUGUUCGUUGGGUACCAGUGUAUUUUUUUCUAACUAUAACAUAACCGUUGCGGAGUUUCCGUGUAACUGUAAAGAGCUAAAGCUGUGUCUGCCUGCGGGACGUGUCCUGCCCCGUGUGCCCCCCGUGCUGAAUAUUACACGCUCUGAAUGUCCCCCCCA